UGCGCGCCGCCCCGCCAGGCCGCUCGCCUCUCCCUUCCCCUCCCGCCAGGCCGCGGGCCCCUCUUCUCCGCCCCGACGGCUCCUCCGGCAGCGGCGGCGGCACCUCCUCCUUCUCGCCUGCGGCCCGGCCCCGAGCGCGGCGCGGCCCCCGCAUGAGCCCAGGCGGCGGCGGCAGCGAGCGGGAGCAGCAGGCCGCGGCGCGCAGGUACAGGAACUGUAGAAGUCCAUUUUAGAAUUGGGAAGUAGAAGUUUCUGCAGCUCUGGAAAGAUAUGCCGUGGAAGUAAUCAGCUGGGGUGGUCCCAUAGCGCUCUGAGCCCGAGUAUUGCUGAGUGAUCAUUGGCUGCCACCUAAGUGACAAAGUAAAGGACCAAGUCUUCAAUUUAAACCAGUGGAGCCAGAUCACAGGAAAGAAUUGACAGAGUUGUUAAGCUCAUGCUUAGCCCAACGUGACACAGGACUGGUGUGACAACUGUUUUUAAUCAGUGACUCAAAAUUGUGAUCACCCUGAUGUCACCGAAUGGCCACAGCUUGUAAAAGAUCACCAGGAGAACCUCACUCUGAAAACAUUGAAACUAGCCGAAUGAAGCGAGCAGCUGCAAAGCAUCUAAUAGAGCGCUACUACCACCAGUUAACUGAGGGCUGUGGAAAUGAAGCCUGCACGAAUGAAUUUUGUGCUUCCUGUCCAACUUUUCUCCGUAUGGAUAACAAUGCAGCAGCCAUUAAGGCCCUCGAGCUUUAUAAGAUUAAUGCAAAACUCUGUGAUCCUCAUCCCUCCAAGAAAGGAACGAGCUCAGCUUACCUAGAAAACAACUCCAAGGGUGCCCAUAACAAUUCCUGCACUGACAGAAAAAUGAACAAGAAGGAAAUGCAAGGCCCAAGAGAUGACUUCAAAGAUGUGACUUUUCUAACGGAAGACAAGAUAUAUGAAAUUCUUGAACUAUGUCGAGAGAAAGAGGAUUAUUCCCCUUUAAUCCGAGUGAUUGGGAGAGUAUUUUCCAGUGCUGAGGCACUGGUACAGAGUUUCAGAAAAGCCAAACAUCACACCAAGGAGGAGCUCAAGUCUCUUCAAGGGAAGGAUGAAGACAAAGAUGAAGAUGAAAAGGAAAAAGCUGCCUGUUCGGCUGCUGCUAUGGAAGAAGAUUCAGGCGCGUCAUCAUCUUCAUCAUCAAGAAUAGGUGAUAAUACACAAGGAGAUAAUAACCUCCAAAAAUUAGGCCCUGAUGAAGUGUCUGUAGAUAUUGAAGCAGUCAGGCGGGUCUACGAUAGGUUACUUUCUAAUGAAAAAAUAGAAACUGCCUUUUUAAAUGCACUUGUGUACUUGUCACCUAAUGUGGAAUGUGACUUGACUUACCACAAUGUAUACUCUCGGGAUCCUAACUAUCUGAAUUUGUUUAUUAUCGUUAUGGAGAAUGGCAAUCUUCAUAGCCCAGAAUAUCUGGAAAUGGCGCUGCCAUUGUUUUGCAAAGCAAUGAGCAAGCUGCCCCUUGCAGCUCAAGCAAAACUGGUCAGAUUGUGGUCUAAGUAUAGAGCAGACCAAAUUCGGAGAAUGAUGGAGACGUUUCAGCAGCUUAUUACUUACAAAGUCAUAAGCAACGAGUUCAACAGUCGUAACUUAGUGAACGAUGACGAUGCUGUUGUUGCUGCUUCCAAGUGCUUGAAAAUGGUUUACUAUGCAAAUGUAGUAGGAGGGGAUGUGGAUACGGAUCAUAAUGAAGAGGAAGAUGAAGAACCCAUCCCGGAAUCAAGUGAACUAACUCUUCAAGAGCUGUUGGGUGAGGAAAGAAGAAAUAAAAAAGGUCCUCGAGUGGACCCACUGGAAACUGAACUUGGUGUUAAAACUAUAGAUUGCAGAAAACCACUUAUCCCCUUUGAAGAAUUUAUUAAUGAACCACUGAAUGAUGUUCUAGAAAUGGACAAAGACUACACUUUCUUCAAAGUAGAAACGGAAAAUAAAUUCUCUUUUAUGACUUGUCCCUUCAUAUUGAAUGCUGUUACUAAGAACCUGGGACUGUAUUAUGACAAUAGGAUCCGGAUGUACAGUGAACGGCGCAUAACUGUGCUCUACAGCUUAGUUCAAGGACAGCAGCUCAACCCAUAUUUACGACUUAAAGUGAGACGUGAUCACAUCAUAGAUGAUGCACUCGUGCGGCUAGAGAUGAUUGCCAUGGAAAAUCCUGCAGACUUGAAGAAGCAAUUGUAUGUUGAAUUUGAAGGAGAGCAAGGGGUAGAUGAAGGAGGUGUUUCCAAAGAAUUUUUUCAACUGGUUGUGGAAGAAAUCUUCAAUCCAGAUAUUGGCAUGUUCACAUAUGAUGAAUCUACAAAACUGUUUUGGUUUAAUCCGUCCUCCUUUGAAACUGAGGGUCAGUUUACACUGAUUGGCAUAGUGCUGGGGCUCGCCAUUUACAAUAACUGUAUACUGGAUGUACAUUUUCCCAUGGUUGUCUACAGGAAGCUAAUGGGCAAAAAAGGAACUUUCCGUGAUCUGGCAGACUCUCAUCCUGUUCUUUACCAGAGUUUGAGAGAUUUGCUAGAGUAUGAAGGAAGUGUGGAAGAUGAUAUGAUGAUAACUUUUCAAAUAUCUCACACGGAUCUCUUUGGCAAUCCAAUGAUGCAUGAUUUAAAGGAAAACGGUGAUAAAAUUCCUAUUACAAAUGAAAAUAGAAAGGAAUUUGUCAAUCUGUAUGCUGACUAUAUACUCAAUAAAUCCGUAGAAAAGCAGUUCAAGGCCUUUCGGAGAGGAUUCCACAUGGUGACCAAUGAAUCUCCUUUGAAAUAUUUAUUUAGACCAGAGGAAAUUGAAUUACUUAUUUGUGGAAGUAGGAAUUUAGAUUUUCAAGCACUAGAAGAAACUACAGAAUAUGAUGGUGGCUAUACAAGAGACUCUCUUAUUAUUAGGGAAUUCUGGGAGAUAGUCCAUUCAUUUACGGAUGAACAGAAAAGACUAUUCUUGCAGUUUACAACAGGCACAGACAGAGCCCCUGUGGGAGGACUUGGAAAGUUAAAGAUGAUCAUAGCCAAAAAUGGCCCAGAUACGGAGAGGUUACCUACAUCUCACACAUGCUUUAAUGUACUUUUGCUUCCGGAGUACUCAAGCAAAGACAAGCUUAAAGAAAGAUUAUUGAAGGCCAUCACAUACGCCAAGGGAUUUGGCAUGCUGUAAUAAAUGUAACAAAAGGGAUGAAAAAAAAAAAG